AUGAGCGCCGUUCACGGGUCCGUGCCACAGUCGCCAGGUGCCCCCGGACCGCAGCACGCGGCACCGAGCAGCGCACCCGCCGCGGACGCGCCGUCGUGCGCCGGACAGCUGGCGUGCACGUGGGCGCACUUGGCGAAGACGUUGGUUGUUAUUUUCCCCGUGUAUGCCCUGGGCUAUCUGGAGUUCAGCUUCAGUUGGCUUUUAAUCGGACUUGCAGUGUUUUUCUUUUGGAGAAGAAACACGUCUUGUAAGAGCACGAGGAUAAACAGAGCGCUUGCGUUUUUGGAACACGAGGAGGGAACUGUCAAACACAACUUGCCAACCGACGGACUGCCGUCAUGGAUUCAUUUUCCAGAUGUGGAGAGGGUGGAGUGGAUAAACAAGACGGUGAAGCAGAUGUGGCCGUAUGUAUGCCAGUUUGUGGAGAAGAUGUUUAGGGAAAUCCUGGAACCAGCAGUGAAAGGAGCCAGCAGCCACCUCAACACCUUCUCCUUCACCAAGAUAGAACUGGGAGAUCAGCCUCUCAGGAUAAACGGGGUCAAAGUUUACACUGAGAAUGUGGACAAACGUCAGAUCAUUAUGGAUGUCCAGAUCAGUUUUGUGGCAAACACAGAAAUUGAAGUGGACAUCAAACGCUAUUACUGUAAAGCAGGGAUCAAGAGCAUCCAGCUCCACGGUGUGCUGCGGGUGGUGUUGGAGCCUUUGCUGGGGGAGAUGCCUCUGGUUGGUGCUUUCUCCAUCUUCUUCCUCAAGAAGCCGCUCCUGGACAUUGGCUGGACAGGCCUGUCUAACAUCUUGGACAUUCCAGGCCUUAACGGAUUCUCAGACAGCCUGAUUGAUGACAUCAUCCACAGCUACCUGGUGUUGCCCAACAGGGUCACCAUACCACUAGUGGGCAAUUUAGAGCUGGCACAGCUCCGGUUCCCCAUGCCAAAGGGGGUUCUGAGGAUCCAUUUUCUGGAGGCGCAGGACCUGGAGGGGAAGGACAGGUUUCUGGCCGGUCUGAUCAAAGGGAAGUCCGACCCAUACGGAGUCCUGCAGGUGGCCAACCAGAUCUUCCACACCAAGACCAUCAAGGAGUGUCUGAACCCCAAGUGGAAUGAGACCUAUGAGGCCAUUGUAUAUGAACAUUCCGGACAGCAUCUGGAGAUUGAGCUCUUUGAUGAAGACCCAGACAAAGACGACUUCUUGGGCAGUCUGUUGAUUGACCUCAGUAAACUUCACAAAGAACAGAAGGUUGAUGAGUGGUUCCAGCUUGAGGAAGUGACGAGUGGGAAACUACACCUGAGACUGGAGUGGCUCCACCUGCUCACACAUGCUGGGAAACUAGAUCAGGCAUUAUGGAACAUCAGGACCAAUGACACUCUCUCUUCUGCCCUGCUGGUUGUUCAUGUCGACUCAGCAAGGAAUCUUCCGAGUGAGCAGCUCGAUGCUGACGGAUCCAGACACGCCUACAAAGGCCUUCUGAAGUCUGGAAGGAAAGUCAACACUGAACCAAACCCCUAUGUAGAACUCACAGUGGGCCAGAAGACCUACGAGAGCAAGGUGCGCUACAGGACAUGUGACCCCUUGUGGGAGGAAGCAUUCCACUUCUUGGUCCAUAACCCCCGUACUCAGGAGCUUCAGGUGGCGGUAAAGGAUGAUAAACACAAGUGCAUGCUGGGAGGUGUGCGAGUAGCGUUGGCAGAUCUGCUAGCAGACGAGGACAUGACACAGACACAGCAGCUCCCUCUCAACAGCUCCGCCCCCAACAGCACACUCAAACUCAAGAUGGUGCUCCGGAUUCUGUGUCUUGUUAAGGAGACCUCCUCUAGCCAGCCCUCAUUGGUUCAGGUGCGGCGCUCCAGUCAGUGUGUUGCCCUGCCUCCGCCCCACGCUCAGCUCCACAGCUCCACUCCCAGCCCUCCACAGACCAGCACCACCUCCCCUGUCCCCCAGGGGAAGAGAGGCUCCGAGGCCUCCCCUGUGCGCUUAUCAGAGGUCAGCUGUAGCAGCUCCGCGUCAGGCCUGAGCAGUGUGCGGAGGGAACAGUCCCACAGAGACUCCACGCCCAGCCUGGCCUCAGACGCAUCUCUGCCCUCUGCUGGCCUGGAGCUGCAGCACAGGCUCACACAGCUACAGAACGGCUCUGCUCCCAGCCUGUGUCCUCUGGGUGAGGUGCAGCUGACCAUCAGACACAGCUGUCAGAGGAACAAGCUCAUUGUGGUUGUACACGCCUGUCGUAAUCUGAUUGCUCUGGGGAAGGAUAGCUCAGACCCCUACAUCCGCCUGUACCUGCUACCAGACAAGAGCCGGAGCGGCCGCAGGAAAUCCAGUACAGUCAAGAAGAACCUGAACCCAGUAUAUGACCAAGUGUUUGAGUUCAUCGUGUCUGUGGUUGAGCUGCACAGAAGGACUCUAGAUGUAGCUGUGAAGAAUGGAGGAGGAAUACUGUCUAAGAACAGAGGACUAUUGGGCAAGGUUCUUGUGGACCUGACACAUGAAGACAUCUCCAGAGGAUGGACUCAGUGGUAUGGUCUGACCGCAGAUGGAGGCUCUCGGACUGUGUAGCAGGUGGUGCUUGUUAAUGGGACUCAUAAAGAGGAAUUUAUAGUGUGUGUCAGUGUGGGACAGAGAACCCAGGAGAGAAGCAACUCUACCAAGCACAGCUUUACCAAUCAAGACUCUACCCAGCACACCUCUGCCAAUCAAGACUCUACCCAACAUGGCUGUGCCAAUCAAGACUCUACCCAGCAUGGCUCUACCAAUCAAGACACUACCGAGCACGGCUCUACCAAUCAAGACUCUACCGAACAUGGCUCUACUAAUGAAGACUCUACCCAACACAGCUCUACUAAUCAAGACUCUACCCAGCAUGGCUCUACCAAUCAAGACACUACCGAGCAUGGCUCUACCAAUCAAGACACUACCGAACAUGGCUCUACUAAUGAAGACUCUACCCAACACAGCUCUACUAAUCAAGACUCUACCCAGCACAUCUCUACCCAAUGAGGUCGCUAAAUGGCUAAUGAAAUCAGGCUUCUUCCACUGGGACCCCCCCCCCCACACACAGAGUUAUAUAGUGUCUCAAUUGCCCUCUCAAAAACAGUGUGAUUAUCACUGUCAUUGAUAUGUUUUUCUCUCUGAGAUUUGACCUGCUGUUACCAAACACCAUGACAGACAGAACAAAUCAACCACCAAACACCACACCAUGUAUAAAUCAUCAGAUAAAACACACCAAGCAGAACUCUCUCCAUUGGCUCUGUGCCUUGAUUUCAUACUUGUCAAGGUGGAGUAUGUAAAUAUAAGCACUUUUGGUUUGUGCUACUCUGUAUAAAUUCUGAGCAACAUGAAAUAUUGUUAGUUGGGUUUCUUGCUGUUGGGGAAAUGUAGCGUUGUUGGUGUAAGGCAUAAGAAAAGAGCCUUGACCAAAGAACUCCCAGAUCCUCGAGACUCUGCCCCCAUGUCCCCAUCCCUCAGGGACUGCUGGGUAUCUGGAUUGUCUCUGUCCUCUUUCUUUGGGUCUCUGCUUUGAUUGGAUUUUCUAGGGAAUGCUUGUACUAUGUUACUAUGACAACCUGUACAUCAAGAGAAUUUGUCAUUUAUAGGUUUUGUUUUAUAAUCAUACACUAGAAUACUUUAUUUUCAAAGUAUCCAUUAGUUGCUUGCUGAAUGUCAUAUUUUCUAGGGAAUGCUUGUACUAUGUUACUAUGACAACCUGUACAUCAAGAGAAUUUGUCAUUUAUAGGUUUUGUUUUAUAAUCAUACACUAGAAUACUUUAUUUUCAAAGUAUCCAUUAGUUGCUUGCUGAAUGUCAUAAAAUGACAUUGCUUGGGGUGAGGGGUUUGGUAUCAGAAGAUUCAGACAUUGUAAAGUAAGUGGUCAUCUUACAAAAAUAUAAAUAUUCUGAUUUUUUUUUUUUAAAGGUUAAACUUUAUUUGUUAAAAUCUUAAGACAUGGAUUAUUAGGAUGGAUAAUAUGGAUGCAUUUUUCUCUUGUUAAUUAGAACUGAGUAAAUUAACAUGCGGCUCCUGCUCCCUCUGCUGCUCAGCAAUGGCUGUGAGGGUCUGUCAUGAGUGUGAUGGUCUCUCAUGGCUGUGAUAGUCUCUGCAGGGCUUGUUGUGGUGUGAAGGGUUUGCAGUGUUUUCAGCAUUUCACUGAUGUGUGUCCAUCUUCUGUGAGGUCAGAGGGUGAAGUUUCUCCUCUGAGUUCUCGCUCUCAUGCGCUGAGGUCCUGCCUGGAGUUGUCAUUUUCAGCUGCAGUUCCACUGCAGAGAUGCAAAUGGAGCUCCACUGGCUGAUGGGAUAAACAACACAUCCUCAAACAUAAUAAAGAUUCUCCCACAA